CCUGAGGGGCCGUGAGGGCAGCGGGGCCGGGGCAGCGGGGCCGCACCGACCCCCGCGGCCGCCACAGCCCCGGCCGCCACCCCCGGCCGCUUUGCCAGGGGGAUCUGCGAGCGGAGAACCUCCCGGAGCUCCCCCGAGGGCUGAAGGUCGCGCUGAGGGCGGGGGGGCCCCCGCCGUGAGGGCGCGCAGAGCCACGUCGCGGCCUGCGGGCCGCCAUUCGCUGUGGGAAGGAGCCCUAUGCCUUCCCCUUUGGUUUUUGCGUUGCUUAUGCGGGAUUCCAGCCAUGGCCUCUGGUGCUUGCUUUGGCCCUGUCGCCUGUUCUUCCCUGCCGGCUGUCGUGACCCUGCCACCAGGCCGGCCCCCAGCCCGCCGGCAGAAUCCAAACAAGUAGCGUGGGAAUAAACACGGAGUAGGCGAUGGUAGAAAAAAGCGAGGCGCGGAGUCAGGAUGGGUUUGGCUGAAGACAAAGUGUACACCCACAUUACGAGAAACCUCAAGAAGUUCGGGACUAUCCGAGUGGCGUCGUUGGCCAAUUCCCUGACCUGCCUGGUCGAUUCUGACAGAGAAGAGCUCCUUGCCCGGGAGGAGACACGGGGCAACCAGGCAGCUGUCUUUAGGUUUUAUCAGCACCUGAGGUGCCGGCAGGGCUGGGUGCAGGAUCUCAUCCAGGCGCUGCACCAGAACAACGCGGGGCACUUGGCGGAUGAGCUGCAGGAAGUCUAUAACACGUGGCAACCUCGACCUCGUUCCUCAGCUCCUGCUGCUGCCCCCUCCCUUCCCAGCGAUGCCCAUCCCUCAGCCUCCUCUGCCAGUGCCCAGACACCACCCCGGGGGCCAAAUCCUGCCCCGCUGGCUGGGCAGCCACGCCGAGACCUGCCCGCUGGUGACCAUCCACCUGUCCUGCCCACUGCUGCCACCACCACGAGCACGGACCUGGAGGCCAGACUGCCGGUGCAGGAAGAGCUCCCCAAAAAACUCCCAGAGCAAGAGAGUCCCUGGCCAGUUCCACCCGGGAGCAAAGGCGGAGUGAGCGCUGGGCACAGCGGAGAGGGGAAUCCCUCACAGCCCGCGGGGGUUGUGCCGGUGCCAGCAGGGACGCCAGGGGUGGCCGUGCCAUCAGCUGUGUCCCCAGAGCAGGGCCGGGACUGGCUGAGCCGCCGGCCCGUGUGUGUGGACAACGGGUUUUUCGGGAAUGCCAACCACCUGCACCGCGGCACGCCGGGCCUGGCCCUGGGCAGGUCUGCUCCAUCCAGGGACGCGGGUGCCGCCCACAGCCCCGGGCAGCCCAGGAACGAGCCCGAAGAGAACUCGGAUAUCUCCCCAGAGUCACCGCCGAGGCUGGAGGGGGCCUCUCAUAGUGGGGGACAGCAGCCCCCAAACUCAGAGCCAAAAAAGCAGCCUGUGCCAAGCUCUGAGCCCACGGGCAGCUUGGUGGAUGUGCGCAGCCCCCUCCUCGUCCAGCAGCAGUUUGAUGCGGAGAAGAAGCGAGUCGAGAUGCUGCAGGAGCACCCGGGGAGUGGAGGUGCCUUGAUGGAAAAAACUCCCCUGGGUGCUCCCCCUGUGACACCCCGUGACACUGCUGUGAAGUCAUUUUCACAAGAGAAGAAGCUGCCCGUCGGGAGUACAGCCAGCAGCACCCCCUCUGUGCCAACCAAGGAGAAAGUGCUCCCGGCCUCGGCAAACCCUGUCCUGGGCACAGCUGUGGUGGGAGGCUCUGCAGGCGUGGCUGGGAGAUCAGCUUCCCAGGGGAGCUCUGCCACGAGCAUCUGGGCACCUCGCAGUGAGGAGGAGAAGGAGGAGGAGCUCAGCAAGCCGGGCGUCCUCGAGUCCAUGCCUCGGGGCAGCCCAGAGGUGGCCGGCAGAUCCCCCAGCUCUCGGGAGCCCAACAACCCCCGUUCCACCACCUCCAGUAGCCUUGGCCUCAGCAGCGACCCAAUCCUGAUGAGCAGGGAUAGCCUGAGCUCAGGAGGAGCGUUCCCCAGAGUCUCCUCGGUUCCUGCAGACCCCAGAGAAAAGGAGGCACCUGGAGCAAGCAGAGACUCCUGUCCUGCCCCACGCUGGGACAGCCCCUCCGUGGGCACCCACGAGGUGCGUGUGGAUCAUGCCCCCAGCGUCCAGCUUGGAGCCGGCAGCGACGGAGUCAGUGCUGGUGGAAGCUCCACGGAUUCCAAGUCUGGCAAUGGCCACGCUGCUGCCACCAGGUCACCCGUGGCCGCUGUCCACCAGGCGGACAGAGGUGGCCCUUCCCUGCUGUACAUCCUGCCGGCUCUCGGCGUCAUUUCCGCCCUGGCGUUCGCCGUCUACACCCGGCUGCGGAAAUAGCAGCAGCAGCAGGAUUUUGGCCAAUGCAUUUGAAGCCUGAAGAGUAGCGGGGGGCACUAGGGGUGUUGUUAAAUCUUUUUCUGGAAGGUUCUGCUGAAAGAGGCCUUGGUAGACGAUGCUGUCGGGUUUGGGUCUGUUCCCUCCCAUUUCCCAACCAUCUCCUGUAGCCUUCUCACACCCCUGGAGGAGAGGAUCUCGCUCCAAAAUGUUCCAUUGAGUCCAAAAGGAAGCAGUCAUGGCGAUUCUCCAUGUCUUCCUUGUUUUGUCGCAGGAGGCCUCAGGGAAACACGUACUGGUGAUCCACAGGGUGACCUCCAGGUCCCUCUGUGCAGUGCAGCCAGGAGCAGUUGUGCAGAUAUCCUGUAACAGUGGAGCUGAUUUUCUUGGCUCUGCUCAUGUGGGCUUGAAAAUGUGCCCAAGGGUGGGUGCAGCAGCCUCCACCGGACGUCUCAUGUUCAGUUUGCCUUACUUGGUGUCUCUGGCUCUGCUGCUCCUUCUGGGAUUGCUUCUUGUAGUACUGACCCUGGGGAUAAAGAGGAGGGUCAGGAAAGAGCUGCAUCUGAUCAGUGUUGUCAAGGAUCAGCCUCCUUUCACCCCCUCCAGGCAAGGAAAGGCGUUUCUGAUUUAAGAGGAAUGUUUCAGGCAAUGCCAGCUUUAAGCAGACUUGGUCCCACAAAAGGUUGUUGGGUGUCUUUGAUUUUGGGGCUGGAUUUUUGGAGCUUGGUUGGAAGGGUGGAUGGAGUUCUUGCCCUUCCUGAUACCUGUUGCUGUGGGAUAAAGGUAUAGGAACCCUCUGCCCAGGCUGGGACACACACAGGAUCAACCACGCACUGCAGGGAGGCCAUACCAGAGUCUGAGAUGCUCUGGGCUGUGGGGAGACCUUGUAGCACCUUGCAGUGUCUGAAGGGCUUGGAACAAACUGGUUGUGUGGAAGGUGUCCCUGCCCAUGGCACAGGGCUGGGGUGAGGUGCUCGUUAAUGGCCCUUCCAACCCAAACCGUUCUGUGAUUCUAAAAUACAGAAAGUGAAGCAAUGAAGAAGCAACAGCUUGAAGUAGUUACAUUGCUCCACAUUGCUGCAAGCCCCGUUCAACUUGCCUUGAACUCUUCCUGGGAUAGGGCAGCCACAGCUUCUCUGGACAACCUGUGUCAGUGUUUCACCACCUCGCAGGGAAGAAUUCCUUCCCAGUGUCCCAUCUGUCCCUGCCCUCUGACAGUGGGAAGCCAUUCUCCUUUGUGCUGUCACUCUUUGUCCAAAGUCCCUCUCCAGCUCUCUUGGAGCCCAUUUAGGUACUGGAGGCUGCUGGAAGGUCUCUUGAGGCUUCUCCAGGCUGAACACUCCCAGCUCUCCCAGCCUGGCUCCGGAGCAGAGGGUCUGCAGCCCUCACAGUUUCUCUGUGGCCUCCUCUGGACUCAGCCCAGCAGCUCCACAUUUUAUUAUGUUGGGGCUGCAGAGCUGGACACAGCACUGCCGGUGGGGUCUCACCUGAGCAGAGCAGAGGAGCAGAAUCACUUCCCUCACCCCCCUGUGGCCGGUAACUUACUGAUCCUGAGUUCCUGCCAUCAGCACAGCUUCCCCAAAUCCGCUCUUCCUGCUGGCAGGGAGCAGCAGGGCGCUCAGCCCCCUGCGGCCUGGCUGCAAAGUGCAGUCAUGGUGCCCGGAGCUUGGCCUGUGGUGGGAAAGGUCCAUCAGCCCUGAAUGGCUGCUCCUCCCUCCCAAUACUUCCCUUCUGCCCAAAAAUCCAAGAAGUGCCUCCAUAAAACUAAAGACAACCAAUAUAUGCAAGAGGGAGGUGUUGAUUUUGGUGUGUCAGGGCUGCUUUCUGGAAGAGGUGUUCAUUCCUUGCUCAGUGCCCGGUGCUGAAGGAGGAAGGGACAGUCCUUUAAACACACUUCAAACCCCUCUGCUAGGAGAGGGAAUGUGGGGGCUGCUCUUCCCAUAAAAGAUAAAACAGUUAUCACUCCCUAACAGGAGGGACAGGAAGGGACUUGCCUUCUCCUACUUUGUGUAAUUCAGGGGAGAUCCACGAGAUCCCAAACCAGCCACAUCCAUACCAAGGCCCUCUUCUCUGAUGCUUUACUUGCCUGUGAAAUUCUUCGCAUGUUUUUCCAUACAUUUAAGCAACAGCUUGUACGCUUUGCCUUUUCAUGUCAGAUUUGUCUUGUGGAACAGCUGGUUUGUCACCGCCUCAGACUGAGGGGAGCACAUGUUCAGACUGCUGCUGUGAACUGCCGGGAUUUUCACAGUUGUUACGUAGCACUUUAAAGCCUCAUUAGCAGGAGGUGGUGCAGCAGGGAGCUGUGUCCCUGCACAUCUUUUACUAACAGGCUAAAAGGCCUUUUACUAACUAUAAUAAAUUGGUUUGAUGCUUCA